AUGGCCUCCGCGACCGGAUUCUACGACUUCAAGCCGCUGGACAAGCGCGGGCAAGAGGUGGCCCUCGCCGACUACAAGGGCAAGGUGGUGCUCAUCGUCAAUACGGCGUCCAAGUGCGGCUUCACCCCGCAGUACGCCGGCCUCGAGACGCUCUACAAGUCCAUCAAGGACAAGCACCCCGACGACUUCGUGGUGCUCGGCUUCCCCUGCAACCAGUUCGGCUCGCAGGAGCCCGGCACCGACGACGAGAUCCAGAACUUCUGCCAGGUCAACUACGGCGUCACCUUCCCCAUCAUGCACAAGAUCGAUGUCAACGGCGACAAGGCCGACCCGCUGUACGAGUGGCUCAAGGCCGAGAAGCCCGGCCUCAUGGGCCUCAAGCGCAUCAAGUGGAACUUUGAGAAGUUUCUCGUCGGCCGCGACGGCCAGGUCAAGGGGCGCUGGGCUAGCACCACCAAGCCCGAGGCCCUCGAGAAGCCCAUCCUCGACGAGCUGGACAAGAAGCAGUGA